UCCGAGACAAAGUAGCAGUGGAACAUUCAGAUGUCAGUUUUGAACAGUUGUUGUUGACUUUUCGAUUUUAGAUUCCAAGCUUUCUCCUUUAACAUUUCCCCUUUAUCCUCCUCCAUCUUUCUUUUAGUUUUCAUAUAAUUUUACCAUAAUUUUUUUGGGGGGUUUUCCCCUCUUUUGAAUUAAAGGAAACUAAUAACUAUAGCUGUUUGUUCUUUCUCCCCCCCCAACCUUUGAAUUGCGAAGAUCGAGAGAACUGAUGGGUACAGAAGGAUCAAGUGUUGUUGUGCCCAGGAAUUUCAGAUUGCUGGAAGAGCUUGAGAGGGGUGAAAAGGGAAUUGGGGAUGGAACUGUUAGCUAUGGGAUGGAUGAUGCUGAUGAUAUAUACAUGCAGUCAUGGACUGGGACUAUUAUUGGCCCCCUUAAUACCGUUCACGAAGGGCGCAUAUACCAAUUGAAACUGUUCUGUGGCAAGGAUUAUCCAGAUAAUCCACCAAGUGUGAGGUUCCAAACACGGAUAAAUAUGACCUGCGUAAAUCAGGAAACCGGAGUGGUUGAACCUAGCCUUUUCCCCAUGCUUGCUAAUUGGAAAAGGGAGUAUACAAUGGAAGACACAUUGACUCAGCUGAAGAAAGAAAUGAUGUCUCCACAGAACAGGAGGCUCGCUCAGCCACCUGAAGGCAACGACGAGGCGAGGCCUGACCAAAAGAGUUUAGCGAUGAAGUGUUGUAUCGUUUGAAAUCACCGAAGACGUUUUGUGUUCACAUCUGAGGCAGCUUCCUUAGUUGUCGUUUCGUAUUUUCUCAAUGAAAAAAGUGCGUCGUUUUCUCUCA